AUGCAACAAUUAAGCUUUCAUAUUGCGUUUGUAUACCGCGCUCCCCGACCGAAACGAGAAUAUAUCUGGAAUUUGUCAGCAGCCCACUUUAAUCUAUUCCCUAUCUGCUUGCAACAUCUAUCUAUCUCAGUCUGUUCACAUCUAUCUAUCUAUCUAUCUAUCAUGAAUAAUCAAGAGUGCCUACACCUGCGUACUUUUCCCAUUACACUAUCUAUCUAUAUCAGUCUAUUCCCAUCUAUCUAUCUAUCUAUCUAUCUAUCUAUCUAUCUAUCUGGCUUACAGCCAUAUCACCUUGGAUAUGCGGGUGGUGUAAUGGAUAACAACUCGGAAAUCUAUAUAUCACAAUCUGUUCUAUCUAUCUAUCUAUCUAUCUAUCUAUCUAUCUAUCUAUCUAUCUAUCUUAUUCUACGAGAUAGAGGAUUCUUAUAUAUCUAUCUAUCUGUUACGGAUCAUUACCUAUCUAUCUAUCUAAGUUCUUAUCUAUCAUCUAUCUAUCUAUCUAUCUAUCUAUCUAUCUACUACGGUUCAUUAUCUAUCUAUCUAUCUAUCUAUCUAUCUAUCUAUAUAUCUACCUCAGUUCUUGUCUAUGUAUGUAUCUCAGUUCUUAUCUAUCUAUCUAUCUAUCAUAUCAUUAUCUAUCUAUCAUAUCUAUCUAUCUAUUACGGUAUCUAUCCAUAUAUAUCUAUCCAUCAUCUUCUAUGGUUCUAUGUAUGUAUCCAUCUAUUCUUAUCUAUCUAUCUAUCUAUCUAUCGAUCUAUCUAUCUAUUACGGUUCAUUAUCUAUCUAUCUAUCUAUCUAUCUAUCGAUCUAUCUAUCUAUUACGGUUCAUUAUCUAUCUAUCUAUCUAUCUAUCAAUUACCGUUCAUUAUCUAUCUAUCUAUCUAUCUAUCUAUCUAUCUAUCUAUCUAUCUAUCUAUUACGGUUCAUUAUCUAUCUAUCUAUCUAUCUAUCUAUCUAUCUAUCUAUCUAUCUAUCUUAUAUAAUGGGAGACCCAAUAAAGAAAAUGUGAUCGUUCGUACACAGAGAGCAUCCCCUGUCACCGCCGCCUCCACGACCACUAUUCUGUUGGCCCGUUGCCAAAAAAGAUACCGUAGGAAAGCUCCAGGUCAUGGUGAAGGAAUGUACCGGCUCCAGCCAAUACGAUUAAUUGCGUCGGCCUCCAUUUUUCUCCAUACCUACUCCUCUCCUUUCUACCUUACCUUUCGUGUUCGUUACCAUGCUUUCUCUCUCUCUCUCUCUCUCUCUCUCUCACACUCUCAGGGACAUACCUAUCUAUCUAUCUAUCUAUCUGUUACGGUUCAUUAUCUAUCUAUCUAUCUAUCUAUCUAUCCUAUCUAUCUAUCCGUUACGGUUCAUUCUAUCUAUCUAUCUAUCUAUCUAUCUAUCUAUCUAUCUAUCUAUCUAUCUAUCUAUCUGUUACGGUUCAUUAUCUAUCUAUCUAUCUAUCUAUCUGCUACGGUUCAUUAUCUAUCUAUCUAUCUAUCUAUCUAUCUAUCUAUCUAUCUAUCUAUCUAUCUAUCUGCUACGGUUCAUUAUCUAUCUAUCUAUCUAUCUAUCUAUCUAUCUAUCUAUCUAUCUAUCUAUCCAUUUAAAUGUCCACAUUCAUAG